AGUUUGUGUGUUAUCGUAUGGCAAUUCGAUAUACAGGAAACAACGAUACUGAUCACGGAGGCAUAAGUUUAAUACACGGUGGUGGUUUUUUAUUGCAGCAGUACGUGUGCGACCAGUAUGUUCGGAUGGAAUCGAACAAUCUCAACUACGCCCGUAGAAAUCAGCAAGCGCUCCUCGCUGACGCUUAUCAAGGGCUGGUGGACCACGUCAACCAACAGCAUCACUUGGACGAGGCCAACCCGAUGGCUGUCGGCCGUAGAGUCAUUCUACCGUCGACGUUCGUCGGGAGUCCACGUUACAUGAAAGGAUGUUAUCACGACGCGAUGACUAUUGUGCGUAAGUACGGUAAACCUGAUCUGUUUAUAACUUUUACGUGCAAUCCUAGGUGGCCAGAAAUCACACAGAACGUCGGAAGAUGGUCUGCUCCAAACGACAGACCCGAUCUCAUAGCCCGGGUGUUCCACGCCAAACUCAAGGCCCUCAUGCGGGACAUAAUAGUAAAUCAAACGUGGACUGCCGCACGCGCACAUAUUGGUCAUCCUCGGCGAGGACAGCAAGUUGCAUACCGCCGAGGAUGUGGACAAUGUUGUGUGCGCUUCCUUGCCGGACCCGGCAACCGACAGGCGCCUGUUUGA